UCACUUCUAAAAUCAUCGAAUACAUUUCAUUUCUGAUUUCAUUUCAAAUCCAAAACCCUAGAAGCUUCUUUUAUCUUCAAAUUUCUGUGUGAAAAUGUCUGGUCGUGGAAAGGGAGGAAAGGGAUUGGGCAAGGGAGGAGCUAAGAGGCACAGGAAGGUGCUGAGGGAUAACAUCCAGGGAAUUACGAAGCCCGCAAUUCGUCGGUUGGCUCGUAGGGGAGGUGUGAAGCGUAUAUCUGGUCUGAUCUACGAAGAGACACGUGGAGUGCUGAAGAUCUUUCUAGAGAACGUGAUUCGUGAUGCUGUUACCUACACUGAGCACGCCAGGAGAAAGACUGUUACUGCUAUGGAUGUUGUUUACGCACUCAAGAGGCAGGGCAGGACUCUCUAUGGAUUUGGUGGUUAGGUUGUUUAAUUUGUGAUUUUAGGUUAGUGUACUGGUAGUAAUUGUAGAUUUUCUGGAAAUUUCUGGUAUCUCUGUGUUGGUUUCUCAGCAGCUUUGUUCUAGUUGUCGUUCUUAAGGUCUUGAUAUUGUAAUUUCUCAUUGCAGAUUCAAGGAACAAAGUUCGUUUUCUAGAAAUUAUAAUGGUUGAAUUCUGGCUCGCUGUUGUUGUUAA